UGGUCUGGCGGUACAGCACCACACAACUUCAGCCUCGUCGCGCUCUCCGGGAUCCAAACACCCUUUGCCGACUGGACAUCUGGAACCGUAGCGGAGUUCAACGCGGACGAGAUCUGCGGCUCAGACAAUACAUGCAGCAUCGAUUUCAUGUGGCCAUCUGGCACACCCCUCAUCAUGGUCGGGAGCGACUCUACAGGGUUCGCUUCGGGAGGGACGAGCGACGUGUACAUUGUACAGCCCUCUCCGAGCAACGACAAUAGCUGCGUGCAAUCUAGCACGAACAGCAGCUACCUCGUGACUGUGCCCCAGUGGACAGACCCACCUAUUCAGUGCGGGCAGAUGCUCUCUGCCUUCCAAAGCAUCCAGUGGCCUCCACAGAUAAAGGUCAUCAUCCCCGGUGGAGAGAGCAGUGUCGUCGAGAGCCCUCAGGUCAACAGCACCGACACUACCGCUGCGCUGCUCUUCUGGAACAUGACCGUGCCGGCAGGGACGAACGUCGUCUAUGUGGUGGAAGACGCGAACGGCCCCCUAUUUGUCAGUGGACUUCGGACGGUGCAGGCGGGCAGCUCUGCAUGCAUACAGGACGGUGCAUAUUCAUCGACCGCCGGCCCCCCCGCCGGUGCCCUUAGCACAAUACCUCCGUCCAGCUUGUCCAGCAGCGGGGGGCACACCAACGCUGGUGCCAUCGCUGGAGGCGUCAUUGGCGGUAUCAUCGGGCUCAUCCUGCUCAUAGCGCUCGUGAUGUUCCUUAUGCGGAGAUACAACCAGCGCAAGAUGCUGGCGAGGAGGCAAACGAUUGGUCUCGUGGCAUAUGCCGCUACUCGGCCGGAGAGGCUGGAGAGAUCGACCUGGCCCGAAGGGCAAAGGUGGGAAAGGUACAAGGACGAGCCUGGGCGGCCGAGUGGCGAAGUGCUCUGAACGGACCCCAGCAACAGCUCACGGUUGGAACAACGCCCGAUAUUCGUAGAGGGAAAGAGGGAAGGAAUCGGUGACAGAAAUCGCAGCUCCAUCACACAUACCUUUGGAUCCACGUUGUUUUCGUCUGGUUUUGUUAUCUGCUUCAUAUCUGCGUUAUUAUGCAAAGAGCUAAUUUUUUCUCCCAAUUUAAGACUCUUUUUGUUGUAUAGUAGUAUUCGG